UCCUUCCCCUCCCCUCCCCAGCGGGACAAAGACCCGGCCUUCCCCAUUCUUCCUGCCAUCGGCCGGCUCACUUGGUGGCAGAGGGGCCGCGGGGGCCGCGGAGAGACGCCCCCCUCCGCAACCCCCGUCCUCGGCGCGCCUCCCGCUCCUCCGGACCCGGUGCAGAAAUCUGGUGCCAGGAUGACCGAGCGCUUCGACUGCCGCCACUGCGAGGACUCCCUCUUCGGCAGGAAGUACGUCCUGCGGGAGGAGCGGCCCUACUGCGUGGCCUGCUUCGAGGCCCUCUUCGCCAGCACGUGCGAGGAGUGCGGGAACCUGAUCGGCUGCGACUGCAAGGACUUGUCCUACAAGGACCGGCACUGGCACGAGGCCUGUUUCCACUGCUCGCGGUGCAGGGGGUCCCUUGUGGACAAGCCGUUCGCUGCCAAGGAGGACCAGCUGCUCUGCACCGACUGCUACUCGCAGGAGUACUCGUCCCGCUGCCAGGAGUGCAAGAAGAGCAUCAUGCCAGGCACCCGUAAGAUGGAAUACAAGGGUAGCAGCUGGCACGAGACCUGCUUCAUCUGCCAUCGCUGCCAGCAGCCCAUCGGAACCAAGAGCUUCAUCCCGAAGGACGGGCAGAACUUCUGCGUUCCCUGCUACGAAAGGCAGUAUGCUCUGCAGUGCGUUCAGUGCAAAAAGCCCAUCACCAGCGGGGGCGUCACAUACCGGGAGCAGCCCUGGCACCGCGAGUGCUUCGUGUGCACCGCCUGCAAGAAGCCGCUGUCGGGCCAGCGCUUCACGUCCCGCGACGAGUUCGCCUACUGCCUGGGCUGCUUCUGCGACCUGUACGCCAAGAAGUGCGCGGGCUGCGCCAGCCCCAUCAGCGGACUGGGCGGCACCAAGUACAUCUCCUUCGAGGAGCGGCAGUGGCACAACGACUGCUUUAACUGCAAGAAGUGCUCGCUGUCGCUGGUGGGGCGAGGCUUCCUCACGGAGAGGGACGACAUCCUGUGCCCCGACUGCGGGAAGGACAUCUGAGCCGCUCCCCGACCCCCCUGCAGCCCCCCAAGCCCCUGCUCGCGCUGCACCUGGCUCCACCAGCCACCCGGGGACUCGCCUCCGCGCUGCUCAGCGGCACUCACGUCUGUUUACACCCUUCAUCUACCCGUUGUGCUUGUUCUGUUAG